UGGAUCGUCGUUUGUCUUACAUUUCCCGCCACCUACGUGCCGUUCAGUUACCACAGUUGCAGUCGGUAAUCCAUCUCUCAUGGUAAAAGUUUGAGUUACCCAUUGCAGGGUUUACUUUCAUGUAUGCUUAUCAUCUGUAGAUUCCUAUCAAUUUGCAAACUGUAGAUUCUCUUUCUGAGGAACUGCGCAUGUGCCGUCGCAUUUGAAUAUUUGAAGUUAACUGCUCAAAACGAACACUGUCAGUUACCACCACUGUGUAUAAAGGGGUAAUUCUCAUCAUAUCGUAUCAUUUUUCUAUGAUAUUUGUGACAUUAUAAUUAAGGACAUGGAAAACAAUGAUUAUGAAACACUUCGACAAAAGAAUAUUGCCGAGAGGAACAAUAUUCUCGCGGAAUUAUUUGACGACAUAAGAAAACAGCGAAAUGAAAUUAAGGAGUCAUGGGGAAAACGAUCGGACGGAAACGUCGACGUGGAGAAUGAGCCGCCCAAGAAAAGGCGUCGAACAAUUACACGAGACUCGGAGAGCUUCAGCGGUAAAGGCAUACGCUUGCAAUUUCGUCGAACGUAUAACAUUAGAAGCAGAAAGAGCAAAAACAGCUUCAACGAUUCUGAAAGUGACAACGAGGACGAUUCGAGGGAGCAUAAAAACAAUCGAGCCAAGUUGACGGUUAUGUUCCCAUGGGCAAAGCCCAUUCAACGUCCCAUCGACCUAAUGAAUACGCCCACAUGGAACGAGGGCGAGGAAGAGAAUGACUGCAGUUCGACUGAAACUAGACGAAAGAGGAAAUAUCAUAGACCGAGAUCGAUAGAUCCUAGGAGCGUGCCAUCUGUGGACGAGGUGACGCAGGAUAUGUUGGACAACAUAGCGGAAAGAAGCACCCAGAAAAUCUAUUGCAAAGCCAAUGGCACAAGUUGCCAUCAGUGUAGACAAAAGACCAUGGACACGAAAACUGUUUGCAGAGCGACAAGUUGUAUAGGUGUUAGGGGACAGUUUUGCGGGCCAUGUUUACAAGGGAGAUACGGCGAGAGUGUUGUAGAGGCUUUAAAAGAUCCGAACUGGGCUUGUCCACCCUGUAGAGACUUGUGCAAUUGUAGUAUAUGUCGAACCAGAAGUGGACGUCGUCCAACAGGAAUUUUACUUGGUCUCGCAAAGAAGGAAGGGUAUUCAUCCGUUAUGGACUAUCUGCAAGCAAACACCGAUAACUCGGAGUAAUCUUGCAUAAGUGUUUGAAAUCUGCUUUAUAUAAUUAAUCAUUCGAAUGGCAAAAGUCUGCUUGUAAUUUCUUAUACCAUGUAAUGUAAACAAAUUGUUAACAAAUUUAUUUAUAUACAUGUGUAUGUGUAUAUGCUCGUUGUUGCAUUUGUUGAUUGCUUUUUGCAUGUAUGAAAUUAUAUGGUAUAAAAAAAUUACAAGUUUAAUUCUGUCAUGUAUUAUAAAUCGCAUGAAAGAAAAGUGCAAAGGAUAUUUUUUAACAUUUAUACAUGUUUAUUGUCCGUCUACUUUCCAACUACAAUUUGUGAUAUCUGUGUAUUUUUUAAAACUCCAUUUGAUAAUGUGUGACAUGUAUAAAUAAUUCUUGACAGUAGAUAUUUGAUUGUCUAAAGAAGCCAGCUUUAGUACCGUUGAUCAUUUUACCGAUUCGUGAUACGAAUGAAUAUUAUGUAUAAAGCAAGUCGCAAAUGUGUAUAAUCAGUUUUGUGGAUGUUUUUUAGCAGAGAAACUUCAUAUGCUGUCAGAUAAUACAUAAUAUUUGCAACGAAAAUGUUAUAUGUUGUUCGAUAAAUGUCGCUUGGAAAAAAUUGGAUGUAGCAUUUGAUAACAUUUAUUCACAUCGUCAUCUUAAUUCGAGUUGUCAAUCUCACACUUGAACAUAAUACUUUUGCAGUUUAUUUGUUCAAAUUUUCGCAGUCCAAGAUCCUCUGUGCUUCGAUCUGCAAAUCGUGAAUAAAUAACCACUAUAAUAAUUACGACACGUAAAUAAAAUAUAUUAUUUAUGACUUUUAAUUGACACAAUAUUAUAUCGGCAAAAGUUAAAAACGUAUAUAUGAAAAAUGUGUAUAAGAUCGUAUAACAACAAAACUGUUGCUUAUAUCGAAUUUUUGAAUAAAUUUCAUAUAUUCUUU